GGAACUCUGUGUCCCGUUGUUUUAUUAGGUAAUUAUCCUACUCACGUGGGGGGUAACGCACUUAGCGAUGUUAAAAAACAAAAUGCACUUUAUGUAUGUCGAAACUGUCUUGUUCCGAAGGAUCGAUUGACUGACACCACUUUUAAUAGAAUACAUUAUGCAUAUUUUCAUCAUAUCACCAAGGAAUAUUUUAUUGAAUUACAAACAUUAAUAAGCCAAAAUGCAACUAAAUUAGAAGUUAAUAAUUUUACAAGACGUUAUGGUCUCCGAUCGAAGCAAGGCAUUUUAUCAACUUUAUCUCGAGACUGUCAUUUACAAACCCCUCAUGAUGCUUACCACUUAGUUGCCAGCAAGGUUCAAAGAUUAUUAGAGUGUACUCUUAAUUUGUUAAAUGAUAAUGGGAAGAAUCAAUUUUUAAGACACUGGAGAGAUUUUGAAAAGCCUUCUACUUGGCAUCGUUUGCCUAAUCCUAUUACUCACUUCAAAAGUUUCAUGUUCUCAGACACAUUACAAUUAGCUAUACUGAUACCAUUUAUUUUGAGACAGUUUUUAACUCCAGGCUGCAUGACCUUAAAUGAUCUUACAAUGUUAUGUGAUCGCUUGUCAUGUUCUAAUGAUCGAAGACGAAAUACCAAAUAA